AUGCAUUGCCACAUCCACCACAACCCCAUGCAUUGCCACAUCCACCACAACCCCAUGCAUUGCCACAUCCACCACAACCCCAUGCAUUGCCACAUCCACCACAACCCCAUGCAUUACCACAUCCACCACAACCCCAUGCAUUGCCACAUCCACCACAACCACAUGCAUUGUCACAGCCACAACAACCCCAUGCAUUGCCACAUCCACCACAACACCAUGCAUUGCCACAUCCACCACAACCCCAUGCAUUGCCACAUCCACCACAACCCCAUGCAUUGCCACAUCCACCACAACCCCAUGCAUUGCCACAUCCACCACAACCCCAUGCAUUGCCACAUCCACCACAACCCCAUGCAUUGCCACAUCCACCACAACCCCAUGCAUUGCCACAUCCACUACAACCCCAUGCAUUGCCACAUCCACCACAACCCCAUGCAUUGCCACAUCCACCACAACCCCGUGCAUUGCCACAUCCACCACAACCCCAUGCAUUGCCACAUCCACCACAACCCCAUGCAUUGCCACAUCCACCACAACCCCAUGCAUUGCCACAUCCACCCCAACCCCAUGCAUUGCCACAUCCACCACAACCCCAUGCAUUGCCACAUCCACCACAACCCCAUGCAUUGCCACAUCCACCCCAACCCCAUGCAUUGCCACAUCCACCACAACCCCAUGCAUUGCCACAUCCACCACAACCCCAUGCAUUGCCACAUCCACCACAACCCCAUGCAUUGCCACAUCCACCCCAACCCCAUGCAUUGCCACAUCCACCACAACAAACAUUACAUACUUAGGACGCUUAAUAAGUGA